UCCGUGCGGGGCGAAGGCAGCCAUGGAGGAGCUGAGCGCGGUGGGAGAGCAGGUCUUCGACGCCGAGUGUAUCCUCAACAAGCGGCUCCGGAAGGGAAAGUUGGAGUUCCUGGUGAAGUGGAGGGGAUGGUCGUCCAAACACAACAGCUGGGAGCCUCAGGAGAACAUCCUGGACCCGCGGCUGCUCGCCGCCUUCAACAAGAAGGAGCAAGAGAAGGAGCUUCUGAUGCGAAAGAAAGGGAAACGGCCCAGAGGACGACCCCGGAAAGUCCUGGAGAACGUUCCUGAAGUCAGCAAGUCCAGCAGCUCCUCGUCCGGCUCCUCGUCCUCGUCCUCCGACUCCUCGUCUUCGUGCUCCUCGUCCUCGUCCUCCGAGGACGAGGACGAGGAGGACGGCGGCGGCGAGACGCCCGGCACGGCCGGCAGAACCAGGGAGCUGCAUCCGGUUCCGCAGAAGAAGGCGCAGAUCGUCGUGGCCAAGCAGUCGCCGCCCCGGAAGCGCGGCCGCAAGCCGCCGCCGGCCGAUGCCAAGGACUUCCCGCCCAGCAAGGGCGCCCGCAAAGUCCCCAAGACCGCCAGAGACCCGGACCUCCCGGGGGCCAUCAAGAAGCCCGUCCAUCCCGCCAGCUUCACCUUCAUGGGGUUCCACCGGGGCGCGUCCCGGGAGGCGGCGGCCGGGCCGGCCCGCGGCCCGCUGACCCCCGGGGGGGCCGCGAAGAACCCGGCGGGGGGCCCGGCGAGCUCCGGCCGGUCCCCCGUCCAGACCGCCUCCCUGUCGCUGAACAGGUCCGGCCACAACCGGAGUGUCUCCGACGGCAGGCAGGCGGCUUCCGGCGCCAGUCUGGAUCUGAAGACCGCCGCCGGCAAGUCGAAGGGCGUGGCGGCGCUGAACCUGAACACCAGCAAGCCCCCGGGUCAGGGGACCGCCCAGCUGAGCCCCCCCAGCGGACAGAGGAAGCCCCCGGCGCCGCUGUCCACGCUGCCGCGGAUCCCGCACCCUAAACCCGCGGCGUCCGUGCCCUCGAAGAACCCGCCGUCCGGUCCGGGUCCGGGUCUGCAGCCCCUCAACCUGCAGAGCAAACUGGCCCAAAGCGGCGGCGCCCUGAGAACCGCCGCCAAGAAAACCCCGGUCUCUCAGAACCAGGAGCGCAGCGCUCCCAAGACUCCGCCCACCCCCCAGAGACUGGCCGUCAGGAAACCCCAGACCCCCGCGGACAGGGUCCAGACCGCCAGAGUCCCGGGGCGGCUGGAGAAGACCUGCGGCGAGGUCCAGAACCCGGAGAGAACCGGCUCCAAAGAGGGCAAGAAGGCCAGAAUGAACGACAUGAGCACGGGCGAAGACGAGAGCAGCUCGGACUCGGACCAGGACUCCUCCUACCCCGGCCGCCCGCCGGUCCAGAACCAGGACUGGAAGCCCACCCGGAGUCUGAUCGAACACGUCUUCGUGACGGACGUCACCGCCAACCUGGUCACCGUCACCGUGAAGGAGUCGCCCACCAGCGUCGGCUUCUUCAGCCUCCGCCACUACUGAGCCCGGAACGCAGAACCGCCGUCGCAUGCAGGUCUGGACGGAACCUCUGGACCAGAGGAACCUCUGGACCGGAGAACCCCAUCAGGGAGCAGAUCCAUUCAGAACCUUUAAUUCUUUGAGGGUGAAGUUCGGAACUGAGGAGCGACGGUGAACCAAAAGUUAGUUUUUUUUAUCGUAACUUUUUACGAUCGUAUUUCUUUCCUGCCGGACGCCGAUGUCAGAGGUGAAGAACGUCGUCAGUAGAACUCAGUUUGAACCGCGGCUCCCUGCAGGUUGUUCCAUCCCAUCGUUUUUGUGUUCUGCGUCUUCUGGUGAGAUUAUCUGCAUUGUUACCUUCCGACGCACAGACCGAAAAGCGCUAGCAUAGCGCUAGCAUAGCGUUAGCAUAGCACUAGCAUAGCGUUAGCAGCGCAUUAGCAGAACAUUAGGAGAAUGCUAUCAGAGCGUUAGCAGAGCGCUAGCAGAACAUUAGCAGAAUGCUAUCAGAGCGCUAGCGGAGUGCUAGCAGAGCGUUAGCACAGCGCUAGCUCCGUUCGCCCAUGGUGAAUCUACUUCAGUCUGGAACCCUCCGCAGCGCUGAGCUGGUCGACGUUCUCCUGACGUUCCAGAGAUGUUCCACCUCCGUCGGUUCGGCCUCGGCUGAAUGAGUUCUUAUGGUGGACAGGAAGUCCGGUUCCUUCCAGGGUUCUCCUGCCGUCGAGCUGUUUGGAGGAACAGGUGGACGUGACGAACUGAGAGCGAGAGCGGAUCGUUCCACAGCAGGGGGUUCUUCUGGUCCAGGGUCCGGAUCGUUCCACAGCAGGGGGUUCUUUUGGUCCAGGGUCCUGAUCGUUCCACAGCAGCGGGUUCUUCUGGUCCAGGGUCCAGAUCGUUCCACAGCAGUGGGUUCUUCUGGUCCAGGGUCCAGAUCGUUCCACAGCAGUGGGUUCUUCUGGUCCAGGGUCCGGAUCGUUCCACAGCAGCGGGUUCUUCUGGUCCAGGGUCCGGAUCGUUCCACAGCGCUGAGGGGUUUUUCGUGUCCGGACUCGGAUCUGGACUCGGAUCAGACUGAGACUCCGUCUUUCCUUCCAGAAGCUUCUCAGGCUUCAUUUCAUUCCAAGAACAGAAAAUGAGUUCUGGGAUCCUGGAGCCGGUUUCUGUAGAACCUCUUCAGAACCAUCGACCCGUUUUCAGAGAAUCAAAUCCUACCGGGUCCUGAACCAUAUUUCUGGACACAAACUGGACGUUUCUAUCAGACAGACCAGAGAACCAGGUUCCUCCGUGGUUUUUAACUCAACGCGCCGACAGUCUGGUUCUGCGGGUUCUUACCUGUUCUGGAUCGGGGGAACUGGGUCAGCAGGUGCAGAGAGACGCCCGACUGGCUGUCCGCCGCUCGUCCAGACCGUCCCGGUGGAUCGACUGGCCGGGCCCAGGUCUUCGGCGGUUCUCAGGUUCUCCACGUUCUGGGUUUGUUGGUUCUCGCGACUCGCUUUGGAUUCAAACUGCCGAUUGGACCAAACCUGUGAGCAUCGGAGGAGACGGUGGCGGCGGAGGUUCGUCACGCCGCCUGACCGAGUCGCAGAACCGAUAAAUCUGAGUGGAACACCGGGAGGAGAACGUUCCGCCACGUUCCACUGAGCUCUGGAGCAGAGCCCCCGGUCCGGUCCGGUCCGGUCCGGUCUGUGCCUUUUCCUCCCCGCCCAGACUUUUCCCCAAAGACCACCGGUCUGGAGAGGAGUUCCCCCUGGAGCACGGCCGGGACGCCACGCGUUCCACACGUUCCCCGUCUGGACGGUUCUCAACAGGGUCGAACUCUGAACGUCUCCUCACUCCUGUGCAGAGCGGAGACCCGAUGCCUUAAUGGAGGAGGGACAGGUCCGGGACAGGACCGGGACAGGACCGGGACAGGUCCGGGACAGGUCCGGGACAGGACCGGGACAGGUCCGGGACAGGUCCGGGACAGGACCGGGACAGGACCGGGACAGGUCCGGGACAGGUCCGGGACAGGACCGGGACAGGUCCGGGACAGGUCCGGGACAGGACCGGGACAGGUCCGGGACAGCAGGACAGUUUCUGGACAGUAGUCUCUCACACUAGAGGUUUAUCGUGAAACUGUGAUAGUGGGGGGGGGUCCGGUUUGGGGGGGUCUUAAAUCCUAUUUUUUCAGAGUUUUGUACUGUUGUAGGGGACAGUGGACGUGGAGACGUCUCCUGGUAGACACUAACCCUCAUGGAGUCUCUCUGCAGCUAUUUAUUUCUAACGGUCGUCGGUCCCUGUAUGAACUAAUAAACUGGAG